AUGACUCGCAAGAUCAUCGUUACUGACAUUUCCGCAACAGCAUCAGAAAAAACUGUCAAAGAUUUCUUUCUGUUCUGUGGUAAAAUAAAAGAAUUCGAACUUCUCAAAGAGGAGACUACUGAUAAACAAAUCGCAUACGUUACUUUUGAACGAGAAACCGCUGCAAAAACCGCUCUCAUGUUGACGAACGCAGUAAUCGGUGAUAGUCAAAUUUCAGUCAGAUCGGCUGAUGACCUUACUACUAAUGGUGCCGAUGAAGUGUAUGAUGCUGAAGAAGAAAUAUCUCAAGAAGAAAAGCCAAAAUCGGCAAUUUUUGCUGAAAUCUUGGCCGCAGGCUAUCAAUUAUCCGACCACAUUAUCCAAAAGGGUCUCGAAUACGAUAAUACAUACGGAAUAAGUCAACGUGUAAAGCAAUGGUUACAAACUCUAACGUCAAAUCUCUGGGACUUGGAUGCCAAAUACAAAGUUGUCGAAACAAUCACUGAAAAAGCGACAGUAAUCGAUGCUAAAUUCGCUGUACAAGAUAAAGUCAAAUAUACAGCCGCAUUUGCUCAGGAUAAAGCAAAUAUGGCACUACAAACUCCGAUUGGUAAACGUGUGGCCAGUUUCUACACUUCAACUACAAAAAAUGUUGCUGACGUCCAUACUGAGGCAAGACAACUCGCUAACGAUAAAAAAGCUCAACGCGAAGCUAGUGUUGAAGCCAUCGAAGUAGCCGCUCAAUAA